AUGAACUCUGUCCUCAGAAGCACAGCUGCUCUAACCCUGCUCCUCAUCAUGACUGCUACGGCCUUGCCCCCCUCAAGAUCCUCCAAGGAAGAACUUUCGGACGUCGCUCUGCCCAACAAGUCACCCUCGGGCCAACAGCCGUUUGGAAAUCCCGAGUCCAUCGCAAAGACUCUCUGGCAACAGGCUAACGGUUUGAAAGACAAGAUAUGUGAUCAAUACAAUUUGUGUGAGAAAAAUAAAGUGGUACUUGCAGAAAACAAUAUGAACCUUCCAAAAAUGACAGAAGAAGAUGGAUGCUUCCUUUCUGGCUUUAAUGAGGAGACGUGCCUUAAAAGGAUCGUCAGUGGCCUUUCAGAAUUUCAGAUCUACCUGAAACAUGUACAUAAAACAUUCAAGGGUGAAGAGAAAAAAGUGGAAUCCAUGCAGAGCUACACAAAACAUCUCUCUAAUAUCGUGAAGCAGAUGAUGAAAAAUUCCGAUGCAGGAACCGAACCACCUCCUGCUUCACAGGAGACCCUGUUGACAAAACUCGAGUCACUGGAAGAGUGGACUAAGACAGUCAGCAUGCAGCUCAUCAUUUCAAACUUCACCAAAUUUAUGGAGGACACUAUGAGAGCUGUUCGUUUUGUGAAGACCAGGAGUCUGAAUGCCUGAAUGUUUUAGUUCAUGCACAUUCCUUUGCCAACUAGAAAAUCUGCCUACCUGGCAGAUAAUGGUGUUAUUCUUUAUAAGAAUCCAGAGUAUGAAGUAUGAUC